AUGGCUUCUCUACUUCGCCAAAUAGUCGCCGGGCCUCGCGCAAGGCAUCCCGAGGCUGGCCUGGACCUGUGCUAUGUGACAGACAACAUUAUUGCGACCUCGGGCCCUUCGCAAACCUACCCCCAGCGUGCCUACAGAAACCCGCUCGACAAGCUGGUCGAGUUUCUCGACUCGAAACAUGGCAAGAACUGGGCAAUAUGGGAGUUCCGCGCCGAAGGUACGGGCUAUCCAGACGACUUGGUCUACAACCGCAUCAGACACUAUCCCUGGCCCGACCACCACCCCCCGCCUUUCAGACUGGUCCCCAUGAUCAUGGCCAGCAUGCGCAACUGGCUAAACGGCAACGAUCUCGACCAAGACGGCGUUGGCUCGACCGAGAACAAAGGCAACAAGCUCGUUGGGAAGGUCCUCGACGCCUGGAAGGACAAAAAGUCCCCUCGCGUCAUCGUCGUUCACUGCAAAGCCGGCAAGGGGAGGAGCGGCACGUCUGCCUGCAGUUUCUUGAUCUCGGAGUGCGGGUGGACACCAGAGCAAGCCCUGGCCAGGUUUACCGAGCGACGGAUGCGCCCAAAGUUCGGCCCCGGCGUCAGCAUACCGAGCCAGCUGCGGUGGAUCGGCUAUGUCGACAGGUGGACGAAGGGCCACAAGAAGUACGUGGACCGCGAGCUUGAGAUAGUCGAGAUCCACGUCUGGGGCCUCCGCAGCGGUGUCAAGGUGGCCGUCGAGGGCUUCAUCGAUGAGGGCAAGAAGAUCAAGGUCUUCCACACCUUCCAGCGUGAAGAGCGUCUCAUCAUAGAGGGGGAUGCCCCAGGUAGUGCUGGCAUUAUGGACUCGAUAUACGACAUGGCGGGUUACGGCAUGACGCCAGCUGAAGAGCAGGAGGUCCUAGACGAGGCGAGGAAGGCCGACGAGCAGAACGGCACCAACUUCACCAAGUCCAAGCCCGAAAAUAUAGACACUGGCACCCCGGAUUCGGCCACUGCCAAGCCAACCAAGCGUUACUCGAAACUCAUAUCGCCCAUCUCCAGGAACUCAUCAACUCGCAGCGCAUCCGGCGCUAAACCAUCGCGGUCAAAGUCCAAGAAGGAGAAGAAGGACAAGACCAAAUCCUCUCCCUCAGCAAACUCAUCCUCCUCAUCAGUCAACAAGCUCAAGGUAGACCCGGAGCCCGGUGGCAAAGCCGUCAUCUUCAAGCCACACGAAGCCAUCCGUGUGCCUACUGGCGACGUCAAUAUCACCGCGGAGCGCCGUAACCGUGCUCCCAGCUCUAUGGGGCUGACAAUGGUGACGGCAGUAGCCCACGUGUGGUUCAAUGCCUUCUUCGAAGGCAACGGGCCGGAGCAAGAUGGGAAACCCGACAACAACGGCAUCUUCGAGAUCGAGUGGGACAAGCUGGACGGUAUUAAGGGCUCCUCGCAGAAGGGCACGCGCGCGUUCGACCGCAUGGCAGUCGUGUGGAGGUUCGCCGAGCCCGGAAACACCGAGAAGGGCGACGUCAUCCACGAGCCCGGCACCGACUCCCCCGUCCCGCAGAUGGAGCCCGCCGACUGGAAGGGCGGCAACGAGGAAGAUCCCGGGCGGGAGAAGAAGCUCGGCCUGCGGGUGCACAGCCCGGAUAGCGCCAACGUCAGCGAGGCCAGCAGCGUCAAGAGUGAGGAGGUCGGCACCAGGGACGACGGCAAGGACGCCGCAGAGGUCGACUCGCUCAAGGGAGUCAAGAGCGACCUACCCCCUGCGACCGGCGACGAGGAGGAGCAGAGCAGAGGCCGGGCCGGCGCCAGCGACGCGGCCAAGCUGGAGGCCUACGCUGAGAAGCUGCCGAGUCCUAACGGCUCGUCCAGCCCGAGCGGCUCUGGGGCUGGCGAGAAGAAGUGA